CUAGGCUGACAUUUUGCGAUUUGGUUUCCCAUCAUCACUUGCAACAGAACACGCCACCUACUGCGCAUCCUAACUGUGUGAAGAAGACAAGAGGUUCUAAGGAGGAAACCGAGGCCAGGGGCAGAAGCUACUCACAAACCAGCACGGCAGGCCACCCAGCGGCCCAACUCGCCUCAAUUUUCACCCCUCCCCCUCAGAAGACUGACCUGUCACCACGCACAGGACAGCACAGUGCACGCCUGGAGGCAGUUCCCGGAGCCCACUCACCGCCAUCAACAUGAUGGGCAUCCGGCCCCACAGCGCAGGCGUCUACUCUGCGACCUGGUCCACACCGCAGCCCGGCCUGGAGGAUCACGCUGGCCCAGAGACCUGCUCCGUGCCAGUCCAGGAAGACUCAGCGGAUCCGCCGGCUGCGCCUGCGCUCUCCUCCAUGGUGAUCUUGUCAGAGGGCUGCGCCCUGCAGCUGCCCCUGGACAGCUUCAACCUGGUGGUGGAGGCCAUGCCUGACUCGGUCCUGCAAGUGACUCUGCAAGACCACACCGUCAUCCUGGGCCCCCACAACCUCCUGUGCUCCACCGACGGAGGCUCCGGAGGGCAGAGCGACUCUCAUGAAGGUCUGGACGCGCAGGGUGCCUGCCUGGGCGCAGCCCAGGAGAACAACAUCGUCAUCUUGGUGGAGCAGCAGGGAUUCUGUGCUUCUAUCCCAGAGAUGGCCGACCACGAAGAGGUCCAAGCCCAGGAUGAUGCGCACUCCGUGUUCCUGGUGCCUUACGGGGACUCUCCAGCCGGCCUCACUGCUGGGCUUCUGCUCUGGCCCACAGCAGUAUCAAGCCCUGACCCACAGGGCUCCAUCCCAGAGCCAAGGCCUCUGGUGGUCCCCAUCAUUCCUUUUGCAAGUGGCUCUCCUGGCCUCUUCUUCGACCAGGACAACUUCCAUCUGCUGAGGCCCUUCCCCACCUCACCACUCCAACCUCUGCCUCCCUUUCCCAGUCCUGGUCCCCAUGACCGCCCAGUGCGUCUGGGUCCUCAUUGCAAAGCCAGGAGACGCCUGUUUCAGGAAUAAAUUGCUUCCUGCAACACUUCACCACUCUUCUGGGGUCCAAGUGAGGGUCUUCUCACGGCUAUUGUUUGUGCACUACACAACCUAAAGGAUACCCAACGGAUAGUUUUUUGUUUUUUGUUUUUUGUUUGUUUUAAUG